AAAUUUCCGACGAAAAUCAACCGAAAGUAAAUGCGAGAUGCUGGCGUUCCAUGAGGAAAAACGACUCGGCACACAAACUGCAUAUUCAAGUUUGCUUGGAGACGAAACAGCUAUCAGAGGCUAACUGCUCCUGUAAAGCUGGGCUAAGUGGCCACUGCUCACACAUUAUUGGGCUCUUAAAAACCUUACAAGGAUUCAAGCUGCACAAUUUAACAUCAGUCCCAGAACAGCAGAGUUGUACGAGCAUUCCAAGACAGGGGGGCCAUCCAAGAGGGAUGAAAAUAAAGCCAAUACCAAUGAGCCAUGUUGUGGUGGAAAGACCCACAGCAGAAGUCAUAAAACGAAAGCCUGUAUUGUGUCAGUUGGACAUACAGAAGAAACUUCCUCUUGUUGAGUCUUCUGAUGUUAAAAAACUGAGACAACUCGAUGGAACGCCACUGGGAUAAUUUAAUCAGAAGAUGGACCUACAGUGGAUACAUCUUUUGAGAAAGUACCUGUUGGCUCACUGCUAUC